GUGGUUUUCUGACGAAAUUAUUUUUUCCAGAUACCAUCACAUGUAAAGGCUUAUUUUUAUGUAUGUAAUGUGUAUAUGUACUGCUGUGUUGGAUUUAAGAUAAGAUAACCAACUUUCAAUAUCGUCGUAAUUUACUGAAUGUGUCAAUUAGGUAAUGAUUUUAGUUGGUGUUAUACCUUCAGUUCAAUAGGACGGUUAAUUUGUUAACGUACGUACGAAGAAUUUAAUUCACAUCAUAAGAAAUGAAAUUUCUUAUCAAUCUCGUGGUUAUCAUAGCAGUGACUAAUGCGGGAACCUUAGCUGCAAAUAUUUUAGCAAUUUUUCCCGCACCAUCUUAUUCACAUACAAUUGCGUCUAAAGUGCUAACUCAAGCUCUCGCAGAGCGUGGUCAUUAUGUUUAUCUAAUAACAACAGAUCCCCGACCUAUGAAUCAUCCAAACAUUACUCAAAUUGAUUUGAGUUUUAGUUAUAAAAUGUGGGAGGAUGGGUUCGAUUUCGUGUGGUACAAGGAAAAUAAUAUUGGAGUGGAAACCAUGAUAAAUGCUUUUACGACAACAAUCUAUGAUGUUUUAGUUAAACAGUUAAACUCCACCGGUGUUCAAUACCUUAUUAAUCAUCGUGACGAGUUAAAGUUUGAUUUGGUAAUCAUUGAAGCAAUGGGCUUUUUGCCAUACCAUGCAUUUGCUGAUUUAUUUGAUGCACCAUUAAUUGGAUUCAAUUCAUUUGAUGCACCAAUGGAAGUUCAUUUAAUGCAGGGCAAUUUUGUGAAUCCAUUUGUGGUUAAUGAGGCUGCAUUAUUUCCAUAUGUAAAUCAUCGCCUGUCAUUCUUUGAACGCUGGAAUGUGCUGAAAACUUUUGUAAAAAUUAUUUAUACAAUAUCUAUAAGACCUGAUAUAUGGAAUCGAUAUACUAGCCUAACACAAAGAUUUUUUCCAAUGAUUGAUGCUUCUCCACUAGAAUUGCUUCACAAAAUUGAAUUUCUAAUGGUUAAUACACAUCCGGCUUUAGGAUUUUCACGACCGAUGGUGCCAACAACUAUUCAAUUAGGUUUUAUUCACAUUCAAGAUGCUAAACCCUUACCAACUGAUUUACAAAAGUACAUGGAUAAUUCUAAAAAUGGUGUCAUAUAUAUGAGCUUAGGAUCAAAUGUGAAAUCAUCUAAACUCAAUCCAAAGUUUGUAAAAAUAUUUCUUCGAGUAUUUGAGUCACUUGACUACGAUGUGAUUUGGAAAUGGGAGUCGAAUGUAAUGGAAAAUCAACCAGACAACGUUUUAAUCUCUAAGUGGCUUCCACAACGAGACUUAUUGGACCAUAAAAAUAUAAAACUUUUCAUUACUCAAGGAGGACAUCAAUCUAUGGAGGAGGGAAUUCAUUGUGCUGUUCCAAUGCUUGUCAUUCCAUUUUUGGGUGAUCAGUAUGCGAAUGCUAAUCGUUUAGAACAAAGAAAAGUUGGGAACCAAAUCGAUCUGCUUGAGAUGAGUGAAGAAACAUUAAAGGAUAAAAUUUUAGAGGUUUUAAAGCCUGAAUAUAAACAAAAUAUGGUUAAAUUGAGAGAUUUAGUUUAUGAUCAGCCUAUGACAUCAUUAGAUAAAGCUAUCUUUUGGACAGAAUAUGUGAUUAGACAUAAAGGAGUCAAACAUUUAGAAUUUGCUGGUAGAAAUGUUCCUUAUUAUCAGCAAUACUGUCUAGAUUUUAUAGCAAUUUUCAUAUUGUCUGCUAUUUCAAUAGGAUAUAUUGGAAAUAAAUUCUAUAAAAAGUUUUUCAAAAAUUUCAUCGAUAGGAAGAAUAAAAUUGAGUAGAGAUAUCAGGAUUCUUUUAAUCUCCUCGUCUAUUAUGCUUCAUUUCAAUCACAAAUUUUAAAGACAUAACGAGUUUACUACUAUAUCUGGAAACUAAGAAGUUUAUAAAACUGCAAAGAUAUAGUUUAACGAUACUUUUGAAAUCCAUCUGUUAUGUCAUAUGAAAAGUUCAAACCACUUAAUUAAAUCAUAUCUAUUUCAAGAUUUUCAAUUUUAUGGAUUAUUAACAAAUUUUGUAAAAAGAAUUUACUGUGAGAUUUUUUUUAAAAAUGAAAUAGAAUUUUAUUUCAAAAAAUUGCUUGAGUCUCGCCAAAUAAUACGAAAAUCAGCAGAAUUGUAAAAAUAGUUUUUACUUAAAAAUUUUUUGAUAAAGCGAAAAAAAAGGAAACAAAUUUUAAACUAUCUCUCUCGUUUUUAUUGUAUUAAUACACAUUUAGGUUAAGAAUGAAAAACUUUAACAUAGUUAAAUAAAUGAACAUUUAUUAUUAUUAAAAAUAUGUCUUUUGUUGAUAUUGUAAGGCAGUAGAAUGCUGCUUUUAUUUUUUGCUCAACCGGAAAGGUGUUGGAAAAAAGCAGGGACCAAAAUAAAUGAAAAAUAUCUGUGAUGAAAAACAUCAUUAUUUUUGAUGAUGAAAAAAAUUAUGAUUUUUUUCAUUUACGUAAAUUAGGUAUUAAGUAAAAUUUCAUCACGUAAGAAUCAUUUUAAGGUAGAACUUCAUCACGCAAAGCAAAAAAUGACGAAUAAAAAGUUUCUAUACAAGUUUUUUAAUCAA